AUGGCUGUUGACUUGAUGGAUAAUAAAGAAAGAAGAAGACUCUUGGCAAAAGAAGAGCAAACAAGUCUGUUUGCUAGUGUCUGUUCUUGGUCUAUCAAAGAUAUCCUCAACGACGAUCUCUACAAGGAAAAGAUAAAGACAAUACCAGACAGAUUUAGUUCCGUUGAUGAAUACUUUCAGUGUUUUGUUCCUCACUUACUCGAGGAAACACGAACCGAGUUGUUCUCUAGCUUCAAAUCUCUAUCGAAGUCUCCUGUCUUCCAAAUACUUUCUGUGGAGACAAGGACAAACGAAUUUAUCAUCGAUCAAGAUUUUCAUGACAUAACAUUAAAAGAUUAUGAUGCAGUCGACAAAAGUGAAAAGUAUGAGCCAAAGUGUGGAGAUAUUAUUGCUCUGAGUCUGACAGAGGAAAGGCCAAGAAUUGAUGACUUGAACCCUUUACUUCUAGGCUACGUAUUCUCAGUGUAUGGGAAUUUUAAAUUCUCUGUUCACUUCUCUAGAUCUAUAUCUAAGGAUGAGAAACGUUUGUUUCGCUCCGGGGUUUUUCUCAUGACUCUAACCACAAACACUCGGAUUUGGAAUGCUUUGCACAACGAAGCUGCUGAUUCCACUCUAAUCCAGAGCGUGCUUCAAGAAACUACUUCGGCUACUGAACAAUGCUUUUCUUGUGAGAAUGACGUUGAUGGUUCUGACCUUGACCGUGUUUUGGAUAUAAUCCGCUCAGCAAAACUGAACUCUUCCCAAGAAGCUGCAAUUUUGGGUUGCCUUAAUACAAGGAAUUGUAAUCACAACAAGAGUGUGAAACUGAUAUGGGGACCUCCUGGUCCUGGCAAAACAAAGACGGUGGCGACUCUUCUCUCUGCUCUUCUCAAACUGAAGUGCAAAACAGUUGUGUGUGCUCCUACAAACACAGCUAUUGUAGCAGUUGUGUCGAGGCUAUUGGCUUUAUCUAAAACUUCUACGUUAGAACGUACCACUUACGGUAUGGGGAAUAUAGUUCUUACUGGAAACGGCGAAAGAAUGGGGAUAAAGAAGAACAGAGCUCUUCUCAAUGUGUUUUUUAAAGAUCGCGUCAGUAAACUUGGUAAAUUGUUUUCACCAUCUUGUGGAUGGAAGAAGAGGUUGGAGUCAAUCAUAGAUUUUCUUGAGAACACAGAGGCUAAGUACGAGCAACAUGUGCAUGAAUUAGUAGAACGUGCAAAGAUGAUAGAAGAGGAAAAGAAGAAGAAGAAGAAGAAAGAAGCUGAUGAAAGGAAGAAAGAAAGAUCUGAAAAGAAGAAGGAAGAUGAUGAGAGUGUGACGGAAGAAGUUGAAGAGAUGAGGAUGCAAGAAGUUGUAAACAUUCCUACAUUUGGAGAGUUUGUGAAGAAGAACUUUAAUGGCUUAAGAGAGGAAUUAGGGUUUGAUAUGGUUAACUUGUGCACUCAUCUGCCUAAGUCUUUCAUUUCAUCUAGAGAUGUGAAGAACAUGAUAGCAGCCCGCCAAGCUCUUCACCGUGUUAGAUAUUUCUUGAUGGAGAACUCUUCUAGAGAUGAUUUCAAGAAAGGUGGUUUCAGAUACAAUUGCUUCAACAGACUCAUCAGUGUUGAUGCUCUUGGGUUUCUAUGUCUACUUCCAAAAUGUUUUGGGAUUCCUAGCCUAGGAAACUUUGAAGAUAUCAGGAAAUUUUGUCUACAAAAUGCAGACAUAAUCUUCUGUACAGCCUCAGGUGCAACAAAUAUGAAUCCGGCGAGGAUAGGCUCUGUCAACCUUCUUGUGAUCGAUGAGGCAGCUCAGCUUAAAGAAUGUGAAUCAGUUGCUGCAUUGCAGCUUCCUGGUCUUCGACAUGCGCUCCUAAUAGGAGAUGAGUAUCAGUUACCUGCAAUGGUUCAUAAUGAUGAAUGCGAAAAGGCGAAAUUCGGAAGAAGCUUGUUUGAGAGAUUGGUUCUGAUUGGUCAUAACAAACAUUUGCUUAACGUUCAAUAUCGAAUGCAUCUUUCCAUUAGUCGUUUCCCUAAUAAGGAGUUUUACGAUGGGAGAAUCACAGAUGCAUCAUUUGUUCAAGAAAGCAAUUACGAAAAGCGGUUUCUUCAAGGUAACAUGUUUGGUUCUUUCUCUUUUAUAAAUGUUGGACGUGGAAAAGAAGAGUUUGGUGAUGGACAUAGUCCCAAGAACAUGGUUGAAGUUGCUGUCAUUUCCGAAAUCAUAUCAAAUCUUUUCAAAGUUUCAAGUCAAAGAAGGCAGAAGAUGAGUGUUGGAGUUAUUUCACCUUACAAGGGACAAGUGACAGCAAUCCAAGAUAGAAUUGGUGAUAAGUAUGGUUCCUUACCAGAUCAGCUUUUCACUUUGAAUGUUCAAUCGGUAGAUGGGUUUCAAGGAGGAGAAGAAGAUGUCAUCAUCAUCUCUACUGUUAGAAGUAACGUUAAAGGGAACGUGGGAUUUCUCAAUAAUCGUCAAAGAGCCAAUGUGGCACUUACUCGAGCGAGACAUUGUUUAUGGGUGAUUGGUAACGAGAUGACUUUGGCUCUGAGUGGUUCGAUUUGGACAAAACUGAUAAGUGAGUCGAGAACACGUGGAUGCUUCUUCAAUGCUGCUGAUGAUAAGAAUCUAAGUGAUGCCAUGAGUGAUGCUUUGCUUGAUGAUGUGUCUUCUAGUUUUCGAUCAUUUUCUAUUAGGAAUGACUAUGGGAGAAGAGAUGGUUGGUAG